AUGGCGUCAAAUAUCCCCUUGUCCCGCCACCAGUGGCAGAUAUCCCCCAAGGGCACCUGGGCUCGUGAUGUCGACGAAUGCGAGAGAUUUUACAUCACGUCUUCACGAAAAGGAAAUGGGUGCUUUCCAGUUAGCGGCUGUGCAUCUUUUAAUGUCACCCCUGUUGAUUCGAUGCCCACCAUCGACGAAGAAGACUGGGUUGAGGCAGCUCUGAAGAAGGCCUGGAUUACGCUUCGUUACCAGCAUCCAACCCUGGGUUCUCGUAUCGAGCGUGAUGAAAAUAGCGACCAAUUGGGAAGGAUUUACCAGUCAUUUGAUACCGACGAUGAGCAGGAUCGUUGGGUGGGUUCAACCUUCAAGGUUGUGGAUACUGAUGUUGAGCCGCUCGAGUGGUUCAACAACAACACAGCCGCUGCCUUUGAGACGGGCACUCUCUUUCUCGUGAGAUCAAAUGGGCAGGAUAGCUACCGCCAGACAAUACUUUUGCGUUGUCCUCACGAUGUAUCCGAUGGUGUUGGUGUUCUGCAGCUAGUCAAUCAACUGUUUGACUACGCUGCAAUGGCUUUCGAACAAGGAGAUGAGUAUUGCCUCCCAAAAUGGGGCAAGGAAUAUGAAAAUCUAUCUCCUUGUAUUCGAAUUGCUGCGGAGAUGCCUGAAUCAUUGUCCGAGGCACAAACGAAACGUCUGGAGGAGAUCCAAACUCAAAAUGGAACCAUCUACAAACACCAGGGCCUUCUUGCACUCCCCUCAAGCUCGACGCAUGCCGAAGGCGCUAGAGAUGGCAAGCUGAUACGCCUUUCGCAUGCAGUUCCCAAGGAUCGUACUUCAAAAAUUCUCCGUGGCUGCAAGGACGUUGCUUCUGGAGUGAGUGUGACACAUGUCUUUAUGACGGCCUUGGUAAUGGCUCUCUCAGAGGUACAGCCCCAAAAGGAAGAUUCAUACCCAGUCCGAUAUGUCAAUCACAGCAUGAUCAAUCUACGUCCCUACUGCCAGGAACCUUACAACACCCCUGCUCACGCGGCUGCUGCAUACCACACUAUCUCAACACAAGCACUGGGCAUAGACUUGGUUGUGCCCGGGUCAUCAGACGAGACAACUGGAAACCACGCGACUGAAAUGCGAAAAAUCCUACCUCAAGUACAACACUUUUUCAAUGAUAUCCGACCGGUUCCUUCCGAAGAGAUUCAUGAACAGGUCGCCUUCGCUCCCUCAACAUUCAAGUCCUUCACGUCUCCAUCCGGCGUUGAUCCCCACGCUGUAUCGGAACCGCCUUUUUGCCCGGUAGCUCUCUCUUCGAUUGGGAAUGUGAGUUCCAUGGUUCAGCAGAGGCAUGGGCCUUUUGAACUUACCAACGUCUGGGCCGCCAGCGAACCGAUGGGGGCUGGCGUGGCGCUCUUUCUCGGGUCUUGGGAUGACCAGCUGGAACUCUCUGGUGUAUUUGACACGAGGUAUCACGAAUCAAGCUAUGUGGAAAGCUUUCUCGAACGGAUUCUAAACUGCGUUCAAGAAGGACUGGGCGUCGAUGGAAAUAGCCUAGCGGAUGAAGCUAGACCCGUGGAAAGUUCACGUGACAAGAAGAGGAAGAGAGUGUAGGAAGUAAGUCCUAUUGAUUGAGACAGAGUCUAGAUGGGUUAUGUUUAGAUAGAAAAUAUCUCUAAUUCUGUGG